GCCAGCUCCUGGAGUAAAAAGAAUCUCCAUUAUUAUAUAGUACUACUAGUGUACUGUAGUACUUAUUUGCUACUUCAUCUCCUCUCCCUCUUUUAAUCAAAUCUAAGUAAAAAGAAUAUUGGUACUAUACCACUAUCGAUCUAUCUGAUCCGUGAAAAGCAAACAAGAAACUGUCAAAAAACAUUCUUCACAUUUUUAGAUUCUUGGGGUGUCUUUGUGUGUGUGUGUUGAGGGGAUAGAAGAUGACGGAAUGAGGAGAGAAGAGAAGAAAGUGAGGGGAGAUGGCAAGAGCAGCAGUAGAGUGGAGAGGAAAAUGGUGUUUAUAUAAGCAAACUAUGAUUGUUGUUUGCUCAACCAACAUUUUUGUUGCUCUUUAUGUGCUUCACUCUCUCUACACUUCUGUAUAUAUGUACCCUUACAAUCAUACUCAAACAGCUUUUAGGUAUACCUCAGAUCAGAUUAGGAAAAUGGAAGAGUCAAUUCAAUUACGGAAACAACUAGAACCUAUAGAACUUAUUAACGUGGUAAAUCGCUUAAAGAUCGAACUUUUGAAGGAUGAGAAGGUGCAACAAAUACCGCAGCAUAUUAAACAGAAGAUAGCAGAUGAGAUACUAGUAACUUUAAAAGCCGUGAAUGCCAAUGCCGAUGCAACGCUGCUACAAGAUGCGGUGGAAAGUUGGCGGAAAGAAAAAUUGAAAGAAGCUGCAGAAAUUAUUCAUGAGAAAACAUCAAAUUCAACUAUUUCUCCAGAGGAGGCUAGUUUACUUGCACGAGCUUUGGAGGAUGACUGGACUGAGCUGUCAGAAGAAAUUGGUCUCUGGAUACCUGUUCAGAUCACUAAUAAAGAACACGACGACAAACCUGAGGGUGAAGUGGAACUUGACGACGAAGUCAUAGCUGGCAAGCAGCUUCCUCCCGAGUGUCGUGCUGAAAUCCAUACUGAUUACGGUGGUGCUGCUGUAAGAUGGGGCCUUACACACCAUAAAAAAUCUGCAUAUGAGUGUUGCAUGGCUUGUUUGAAUCAAGCUAAGCAUGCCAAAACUAACCAAAAGAAAUGUAACAUAUGGGUUUACUGCCCGUCAGAGACAGGAUGCCACUCUCCGGACAUUUAUCAACACAAGCAUCAGGAGUGCUGGCUGAAAUAUGCAGAGACACCUACGUUGAAUUUUAAGGACCGCUAUCCUGAAACAUACAGAAAUGCUCACCCAAAUGCACCAGUAAUUGUUCCAUGGAUGUCUGGUGUUGUCAGUGUAUAAAUUUGCCGAGAAGAUGUUGUAACAUUGUGGCAAGAAAAUUGUGCGAUCAGUUUUCUUGAGUUGCAGUUUCUAUGGUCGAGCUGCUUCUCUUCGUCUUCUUGUUGUUUUGUGGGAAGAUAGAUUUUGUACCAAAAUAGAAAUUUGUUUUUGUAUCACACAGUGAUUAGAAUUUUGGAGAACUGGCGAAGAGCUAAAGGAUUGUGUUAAUGCUAAAACCUACUUUUAUUAUUCUAAACUAACUUAUGGUGUUUUAA